GCUGAAGCAGUAAGAUGUCUGGGAGGACCGCUGUCGUGCUGCUGGCGCUGCUCUGUGGCGUUUACGGCCAGGGAGACAUUGAGAGCAGAGCAAGGGAGUUCCUGAAGGGGUUCGAUGAAGAGGCCACUAAAAAAAUGUACCAGCACUCUCUGGCCUCAUGGAACUACAACACUAACAUCACCCAAGAGAACUCAGACAAACUGACUGAACAGGGGAGAAUCUGGGGCAGUUUCUACUACAACAUGUCAGAGGAGUCCCAGGCUUUCCCCAUUGACCAGAUCCGCGAUCCAGAAAUCAAACUGCAGCUCAUCUCACUACAAGACAAGGGCUCUGGAGUUUUAUCUCAGGAAAAAGCUGAACAUUUGAACAAGGUCAUGAGUGAGAUGAGCACGAUCUACAGCACCGCGACAGUGUGUCUGAUGGACGACCCCUUUAACUGUCAGACUUUGGAACCGGGCCUGGAACAUGUCAUGGCCAACAGUCGAAACUACUCCCAGCGUCUGCGCGUGUGGGAAGGCUGGAGGCAGGAGGUGGGGAAGAGGAUGAGGCCUCUGUAUGAGGACUAUGUUGACCUGAAAAAUGAAGCAGCCAUGCUCAACGGUUAUGAGGACUAUGGAGCAUAUUGGAGGUACAACUAUGAGACCAUUGAGGAGGAAUCGCAGUAUAAGUAUUCCCGAAAUCAGCUAAUGGAUGAUGUUGAUUCCAUAUACAAUGAGAUCUUGCCCCUUUACAAAGAGCUGCACGCUUACGUGAGAGCCAAACUUAUAGAGGUCUACCCAGACCAGAUUGACCCAGAGGGACCGCUACCAGCACACUUACUGGGUGACAUGUGGGGAAGAUUCUGGACCAACCUGUACCCUCUCUCAAUCCCCUACCCAGACAAACCAGAUAUUGAUGUCAGUAAAACUAUGGUAGAACAGGGCUGGACUGAGACACAGCUGUUCAAAGAAGCAGAGGUGUUCUUCAUGUCCGUGGGCCUGUACAAGAUGUUUGAUAACUUCUGGAACAACUCCAUGUUGAAGAAACCUGAGGAUGGCCGCAAGGUGGUGUGUCACCCCACGGCCUGGGACAUGGGCAACAGAGAGGACUUCAGGAUCAAAAUGUGCACCAAAGUAAACAUGGAUGACUUUCUGACGGUGCACCAUGAGAUGGGUCACAACCAGUACCAGAUGGCCUACCGUAACCUGUCCUACCUCCUGAGGGACGGGGCAAAUGAGGGUUUCCAUGAAGCAGUCGGGGAGAUCAUGUCUCUCUCUGCAGCCACACCCAAACACCUGCAGGCCCUGGGACUCCUGCCUGCUGACUUCAUCUACGAUAAUGAAACAGAGAUCAACUUCCUGCUGAAGCAAGCCCUCACCAUCGUGGCUACACUGCCCUUCACCUACAUGCUGGAGAAGUGGAGAUGGGAAGUCUUCAAAGGAAACAUCACCAAGGAUCAGUGGAUGGAGCAGUGGUGGGAGAUGAAGAGGAAGUAUGUCGGGGUGGUGGAACCAGUGCCAAGAGAUGAGACCUACUGCGACCCUCCUGCUCUCUUUCAUGUGUCUGGAGAUUACUCUUUCAUUAGGUACUUCACAAGAACUAUUUAUCAGUUCCAAUUCCAAAAAGCCCUUUGCAAGGAGGCAGGCCAUUCGGGUGCCUUAUUCAAAUGUGACAUCACCGGUUCCAAAGAAGCAGGAACCAAGCUAAGGAAUAUGCUAGAGAUGGGAAGGUCUAAGUCUUGGACCAGGGCUUUGAAAAUUAUAUCCGGUGAUGCUAAAAUGAAUGCUGGCCCACUAAUGGACUAUUUCUCAAAACUACAUGAGUGGUUGGUGUUGGAGAACAGGAAGAACCAUAGGACAGUAGGCUGGAAGACAACAAGAGAUCCAUAUUCAGAAUAUUUAAUCAAAGUACGGAUUAGUUUGAAGGCUGCCAUGGGCGAUAAAGCUUAUCCCUGGAAUACCAAUGAGAUGUACCUCUUCAAAACCAACAUUGCUUAUGCCCUGAGACAGUAUUACAACCAGAUCAACUUGACUGCUGCUUUCACAUCAGAGAACAUCCUUACCUGUAAAGAGAGAUCCAGGAUUUCCUUCUACUUCCUGGUUACAGACCCAUCAAACCCUUCUUCAUUCAUCCCUAAGGAAAGGGUGGAGGCUGCCAUAAGAUCCUCUCGUAACCGAAUCAACAACGCCUUUGGAGUGAAUGAUGAGACGCUGGAGUUCGAGGGUAUCCUUCCCUCAAUUGCCCCGCCUGUGGAGCCACCAGUGACAGUGUGGCUGGUUGUGUACGGGGUAGUCAUGGGAUUCGUAGUACUACUGGGGACCUACCUCAUCGUCUCUGGUUUCAGAAGCCGGAAGAAGAGUGCUACAACGAAAAGUUUGGAAAACCCGUACAAUACACAGAUGGAUGGCAUUAGUAAUUGUGCCUAUGAGAAUGAGGGGGAACAAACUGGAUUAUAAGUUUAUUGCCGUCUCUGAAGGACAGAAGGGAAGAUAUCC